AGUCUCUGCCGUUCCCUUCAGUAAUGCAUGCAGCAACCCACUUGUUCUUCUUUCGUGGCCCCCUCCCACCCCUCGGCAGGGGCUCUAGGCUGGCUGGAGUGUUCUUAAACCCAUGGAAAAGUUUGUUGGCAUUGAGGACAGUAGCAAGUGUGGUGUCUGGAGUGAAAACUUCCACACAAGUCAGGGAACGAUUGAAGAAUGAAGUGAGCCAGAUGAAGGAACAAGUCCCAGGGUUUCAGCCUGGUCUGGCUAUUCUGCAGGUUGGAGACCGGGAUGAUUCAAACCUAUACAUCAGUAUGAAACUGAAGGCAGCUGCUGAGAUUGGAAUGAAUGCCAACCACCUGAAGUUGCCAAAAACUGUCACUGAAGAUGAGGUACUGAGUAACAUCACUCACAUCAAUGAAGAUCGGAGUGUGCAUGGACUCAUCAUACAGCUCCCGCUGGACUCCAUUAAUCCAAUCGAUGUUGAGAAAGUAACGAAUGCAGUUUCCCCUGAGAAGGAUGUUGACGGAUUAACGAGCAUCAAUGCGGGGAAGCUGGCACGAGGAGACCUGAACGACUGCUUCAUCCCAUGUACUCCCAAAGGCUGCCUGGAGCUGAUCAAACAAACUGGUGUGAAGAUACCAGGCUCCCAAGCUGUCGUCAUUGGGCGGAGCAAGAUUGUUGGCGCUCCCAUGCGUGAUCUGCUGGUGUGGAACAAUGCCACGGUGACCACCUGCCAUUCUAAGACAGCGGACCUCCAGAGUGAAGUUGGCCGAGCUGACAUCCUUGUAGUUGGAGCUGGCAGAGCAGAAAUGGUGAAAGGCAAUUGGAUCAAAUCUGGAGCUGUAGUCAUCGACUGUGGAAUAAACCACAUUCCAGACAGCACAAAACCAAAUGGAAAGCGAGUGGUUGGUGAUGUGGCUUACAGUGAGGCCAAGAAGGUGGCAUCGUUCAUUACCCCUGUACCUGGUGGUGUGGGGCCAAUGACUGUCUGUAUGCUUAUGGAGAACACGGUGGAGAGCGCCAAGCGUUACUUGGAGAAAUGCAAGCCUGGGAAGUGGGCCAUUCAAUACACAAAACUUCGGCGCGUGGAGCCUGUGCCCAGUGACAUUGUCAUUUCACGGUCUUGUGCACCAAAGCACAUCAGCCGCGUGGCCAAGGAAGUUGGUUUGUUAUCUGAUGAAGUGGAGCUCUAUGGCAAAUCGAAGGCCAAGGUACUUCUGACCACUCUUAAACGACUAAAGGACCAGCCAGAUGGGAAAUAUGUUGUUGUCACAGGCAUCACCCCAACUCCCCUGGGCGAAGGCAAGAGCACCACGACAAUCGGCCUGGCUCAGGCCAUCGGUGCUCACUUGGACAUCAAUGUGUUCGCCUGUGUCCGACAACCAUCCCAAGGCCCCACCUUUGGAAUUAAAGGUGGUGCCGCAGGCGGUGGAUAUUCCCAGGUUAUCCCAAUGGAAGAGUUCAAUCUUCACCUGACAGGCGACAUCCAUGCCAUCACUGCCGCUAAUAAUCUGGUUGCUGCUGCUAUCGAUGCCCGCAUUUUCCACGAGGCCACUCAGUCUGACAAGGCUUUGUAUAACCGUUUGGUGCCUUCCAAUAAAGGAGUAAAGGCGUUCAGUGACAUUCAGCUAAAGAGGUUACAGAAACUUGGAAUCAGCAAAACUGAUCCCAGUGCACUGACUGACGAGGAGAUAAACUGCUUUGUGAGGCUGGAUAUUGAACCAGAUUCUAUCACCUGGCAGCGAGUGAUAGAUACCAACGACAGGUUUCUGAGGAAGAUAACAAUCGGCCAGUCCCCCACGGAGAAGGGAUUCACCAGAACAGCGCAGUUUGACAUCACAGUGGCAAGUGAGAUCAUGGCUGUGCUGGCACUGACCGACGAAUUAAAGGACAUGAGGGAACGGCUGGGGAAAAUGGUGGUUGCUUCCAGUAGGAAAGGAGAGCCUGUCACCACGGAUGAUUUGGGCAUCAGUGGAGCCCUUGCUGUAUUGAUGAAGGACGCCAUUAAGCCCAACCUCAUGCAGACAUUGGAGGGGACUCCGGUGUUUGUCCACGCUGGACCUUUCGCCAACAUUGCACACGGAAACUCCUCAGUCCUGGCUGACAAAAUAGCACUAAAGCUGGUUGGGCCCAAUGGGUUUGUAGUGACGGAGGCGGGAUUUGGAGCGGAUAUUGGAAUGGAGAAGUUCUUUGACAUUAAGUGCAGGUACUCGGGUCUGCGUCCCCAUGUGGUUGUGCUGGUUGCCACGGUACGAGCUCUGAAGAUGCAUGGCGGCGGCCCCACCGUGACUGCAGGUGUCCCAUUGCCGAAGGAAUAUACUGAAGAGAACCUGGACUUGUUGACGAAGGGCUGCAGUAAUCUCCGGAAACAGAUCGAGAACGCAAACUCAUUCGGGGUCGCAGUGGUGGUGGCAGUCAAUGCCUUCAAGUCAGACACCGAGGCUGAGCUGGAGUUAGUGUGCAGUAUGGCCAAGGAAGUGGGCGCAUUUGAUGCUGUGAAGUGCACUCACUGGGCGGAAGGAGGGCUGGGAGCUGUCAAGCUGGCUAAAGCUGUCCAGAGGGCUUCAGAGCUACAGAGCAACUUCAAAUUCCUCUAUGACUUAGAGCUGCCUAUUGUGGACAAAAUCCGUACCAUAGCCCAGAGAAUCUACGGUGCUGCAGAUGUGGAGCUCAGCCCCGAAGCGCAGCAUAAAGUGGAGGUUUACACCAAGCAGGGAUUUGCAGGUCUUCCCAUCUGCAUGGCGAAGACUCACCUAUCCUUAUCUCACGAGCCAGAAAGGAAGGGAGCACCAACUGGGUUUGUUCUGCCAAUUCGGGACAUCCGGGCGAGUGUUGGUGCUGGGUUCCUGUACCCACUAGUGGGCACUAUGAGCACCAUGCCAGGACUGCCAACCCGACCCUGCUUUUAUGAUAUUGAUUUGAACCCUGAGACUGAAGAGGUGAACGGACUCUUCUAACCACAGUGAACGGGUCCAAAAGAUUGGAGAAACUUUCAGCAGUGCAGGCUGCAGCAAGUCUGGAGGGGAUCUGAUUUUUGCCUGAUGCCUGAUUACAGACCAAGCACAGUGCCAGGAGCUGCCUUGAAUUCUGCUUCUAGCACCACAAUCAACUACAGUGACAGAUCUUCCAAAUCACAAGCUGACAAUCAGUAUAUUGCGGGUAAAAGUUCACCUGAAUGUUCUAAUUUUCUAACAGAAUAAAAGAGCAGUUUCCUAA